CCCUCCUCUCCCACCCUUGGUGAAAACUGCGGGUGCCGGGCAGGGUGCAGCAACUGGAGGCGGCGGCGUGUCCAGAGCAGUCUGCGGCGGCGAGGGACCGGAAUCCAGGUCCAGGACUGAGCUCCCGGCACCAUGAACCCUACCAUUGGCAUCGCUCUCUUGCUAACAGUCUUGCAGGUGGCCCGUGGACAGAAGGUGACCAGCCUGACAGCCUGCCUGGUGGACCAGAGCCUUCGUCUAGACUGCCGCCAUGAGAAUACCACCAACCUGCCCAUUCAGUACGAGUUCAGCCUGACCCGCGAGAAAAAGAAGCACGUGCUCUUGGGCACUGUGGGGGUCCCUGAGCACUCCUACCGCUCUCGAACCAACUUCUCCAGCAAGUACGACAUCAAGGUCCUCUACUUAUCAGGCUUCACUACCAAAGAUGAGGGGAUCUACGCAUGCGAACUCCACCUCUCUGGCCAGACGCCCAGCAUCUCCAGCAAGAAUAUCUCUGUGUUCAGAGACAAACUGGUCAAGUGUGGGGGCAUAAGCCUGCUAAUCCAGAACACCUCGUGGCUGCUGCUGCUUCUGCUCUCGCUGCCCCUCCUGCAGGCCAUGGAUUUCAUCUCCCUGUGACUGAUGGGGCCCGUGGAAGAUACACGAAGCCACAAGGCCCAGUGCAGAGACCCUACUUCUCUGAGUCAGCUGACACCCUCCCCCCAACCCCUCACACACCUUGGGGAGAACUGGGGACCCCACCGCUCCUAAGGACUCCCAGUGCUGCAUGCCAUUAUCCCCCUCUCCCCCACCGCCACCUCGUACCCUCUCCGCACGCCACUGGCUAUUCGUCCUCUUUGUUCCAGAGCUGCUUUCUGUCUGGUUUAUUUAGGGCUUGUCCUUCCUUUUCUUUGGAGUUUGUGAAAAGGGAAGCCAGGGUUGGGGGCCUGAUGGAGAGUGGGGGGGAUGGAAGGGUAGUAGGAGGGAGGGGCACCAGACCCAGGGGGCGGUCAUCCUUGCCAGGGAGAGACCUGGACGAGGAGGGGGGCUCUAGCACCUCUUUCAGCAGGAGGGAUGGUGCCUGAAGAGCCCCGAUGUGAGGGGAGUGCCAAGCGCUUGUGGCCCAUCAGGUGAGGAGACAACUCAGCAUCUCCGGAAACACUUUCUGCGGCAGAAAAAAGGCAGUCUUCUUACCCCAGCGCACGUGCCUGAGGGGCCCUGGGCCCAGGGCAUGGUCCAGUGAAAAUGGAGAUUCUGCCUGGAAGGCAGUGAUGAGGGGCUGGAGAGGCAGGGGGAAGGGGGUCCAUCAUCCCUCCCCUCCUGAGGAAACUACAAAUGGGAGUCCAGCGUCUCAACCAGCAGUUGGGAGGGUGGCGAAGGACAAGCCCCUUCCCAGGCUAUCAAAAGUUCCUAAGAGCUUCCAGAACUCUGACCCGGGGGCAGGAAGUCAGGCCAGGUGGAGCCCCAGUGGCGCACAGAGUCUGGCCCAAGUGUUUCUCUGGGAGGCUCUGCCCUCCUCCCCCAUCAGUGCCUGAGCCUUCAGACAGCGUUCUGCCCCACAGGCCUGCCUUCUCGGGGUCUGCUGGGGGCCUGAGGGAGGCCAUGGGGUGAGACCCAUGAGCGGGACAUGCUUUUCCCAACACCCAGCUCCCCCACCUGGCGGCUCUGCCCUGUCCUGUGACCGUGUGUAGUGUCACACAGCUUAUGGCAUCUCAUUGAGGAAAAAGAAUAUUGUACAAUAAAACCAAGCCUCUGGAAUCUG